UUAGAAUCAAAUCAAUUUCAAAUACUACAGUUUUCGAAAAUGGAGAAAGGUAAGUAUCGUAGACAGCUUGAAAGAGCCAAAGAGAUUAAAAGACCUCCGUUCUGUUAUGAGUGCGAGAGUCAUUUUGAUUUUGAGGCUGGUUUGGAACUGCACAACAAUCAGGUGCAUCACAAGAAUAAGCUGGUCUGUGAUACUUGCAAGAACACAUUUAGGAGUCUAAAGGAACUCCAAUCCCAUCAAGAUACAGAAAAUCACAAGUGAAAUCUUCCAUUUUCUUGGAUCUCUCGUAUUCCCCUGUUUUUGCUCUUACCAUGCAUCUCCAUUUUCUUGGUUUCCCUACGUUUUCGAUGUCAAAAUUCUUGGUUUAUACGUUUUUGAGUAUCAGUCGGCAUUUGGGAUUUUGCAAUUUCGCAGUUUCAGUUUCCAAAAGGACUAAUUCUAUCUCCUCUGAUCGCAGUGAAUUCUGAGUUGCAUGACUAAAAGUGUUGCAUGAUUAGAAUGGGACUAUGAAGCUCCUUUUUUACUUUGCUAGCAGGUAUGCUCCCUUGGUUUUUUUAAAUAUUUCUAGCACUUGAUAUUAUUUUUGUAUUUUUUUUACAUGUAAAGUUGUUUUUUAUUAAGGAGAUGGACCUUACAGGAGUUUAUAAGAGUAAUUGUUGAUUAUGUAUAGCUAUAACUCAAUCUUAUUUUUCUUAUAUUUUUUAUAUUAGAUUGUGUAGGAACUUUUUAUUGUUUUAUUUGGGUAAAUUUUAUGAGUGGGAAAGAGGGGAAAAUGGAGAGGAAAAAAAAUUAAAGAAGUAACGAGAAAAAAGAGGGAGAAAAAAAGAAGGAAGAAAUGAAAGGAAUUAAUGUCUAUUUAUGUUUUUUAAAUCAUCUUUUCGUAAUACUUUCUCUCAUUUUUGUCCGAAAAUGUUAAAAUUAUGAUUGUUCCCACUUCUUAUAUUUAAAAUAUUUUCAUAAUAACUGUCCAAAUUAAAUGAGAUAAAUAGUAAGUGUUGGGCUAUGGCCCAUGUUAAAUCCAGGCCCAUGGUCUAAUCCCAUUUAUAAAAGAAUUGGAAUAAUUCUCCUAAUUUGAUUUCCAAUUAUAUUUGAAAAAGGAUUAGAAUUAUAAUCCUAUAAGGCAACCUUUUCCUUAUGUAGUAAACCUAAGUAACACCAAAUUGGGAUUGAAUUUCUCUUAUAAAAGUGAGGCAAUGUAGGUAGGUUUCUUGUAUUCUAUCAAUCACAAUAUCAUUACUCGGAUUCUAAAUUCAUAAAGUUUAAAUCCUUACUAUUUCACUUUCCACAAAGAUGGAAGUUGCAUGUCCGGUCCCAUUGUUGAUGUUGGCUGAGAAAGAGGGAAACGAAGAAUCACGUGAGUUUUUCGAUUUAAUAAAUGGUGUCACCUACACUAUGAAUUUCCCAGAAUUGGUUGGAAAACUUUGUUUGGGUGUUGGAAUUCCAGGAUGGAUUUUCACAGCAGAUGUUAAAGGGAAUAUGAAUUUGUUCCACCUCAACUCUCGUUCUCUAAUAGAAUUGCCCCACGUGGAUACCCUGGACAAUUUCGAGUACGAUUAUCAUAUACAAUAUGAGUAUUAUGUCGUAAAAGCACUACUUUCGUCCAAUCCUCAUACAAACGAUGAUUAUAUUUUGAUGAUAAAUCAAGGAGUUCCUCGUUCAUUAGCUUAUUGGAAACCUGGAAACACGAGGUUUAUCACAGUGACUCAUAAAGGGGCCUAUUCUGAUGUAACGUAUCAUGAUGGACAGUUUUAUGGAGUUAAUUUUCUGGGAAAUGUUGUCAUCUUCGACUUUAGAGGAAGAGGGUUAGAACGACCCAUUAAAAGGAUAGUUCAAGGAGUGCCUUCCGAGUUUAUUUGUGGAAUGCAACUCUACAUCGUGCAUUCUUUAGGUGAACUAUUUGUCAUCACUAGAGAUGGAAUUGAAAACCACCCCGAAACAAAUUCAUACGGCGUUAAAGAAUUUAUUGUUUCCAAGGUUGAUGUAGAUAAUGAAAGUUAUGAAGAUGUUGAUGAUUUGGGAAACAGGGCACUCUUUCUCGGGUUUAGUGCCUCUAUGGCCGUUGAACAGUAUGGAUGCAAGGCCAAUCAUAUAUAUUUUACGGAUGAUUGUUCUACCGCGUACUUUUCUAGUGUAAAAGGAGGUGGAAAGGACAUGGGCAUAUACAACUUGUUUGAGGAUACAAUUGAGCCUCACUAUACUGGUGAAUCAUAUCACAGAUUCAGUCCACCUAUAUGGAUCUUCAAUACUCCUUUCUCUGUUUAGUUUUGAUUUUAGGUUAAGUUUGUUGCCUUUAGUACUUAUUGCAUGUAAUUCUCUUUCGGUAAUAGUUAAUUUUACUUAUUUCUCUUUCAUUCCUAGCUUUCUUUUCGUCCAAAUUGCAUGCUAUACAAGAUUGUGGUAUUAGCUGUGUAAGUGACUUUUGAAAACUACCUAACUUAUGUUAUUUCUUUUUUCCUAGAGACAGACUAGAAGAAACAAGUUAAAUAAGAAGAAAUAAAGUGAUGUAAAGAGCAAUAAAGAAUAUAAAUUU